CCUCCGUUCUAUCAUUCUCAUUGUUUCAACUCACCAACAUCUUCUCCAACUCUCCUCCCACAAACUUCGAUUCUUCAAUCCCAAUCUUAUUGCCCUGAAAAUGGAGUACCGCCCUCUCAACAUCACCGUCAUCUCUUGCGAAGAUCUCAAGGACGUGAAGGUCUUCUCCAAGAUGGACGUCUACACCGAGGUCUCUAUUGCCGGGUACCCACUCUCCAAGAAGACGACGUUUGUGGACAAGAAUUCGGGGACCAAUCCCAAAUGGAAUCACCGCAUGGAAUUCAUGGUCGACGAGCCCUAUCUCACCAAACCUGGCCUCUCCCUUCUCUUCGAGAUCAAGGCUGAGAGCACUUUCAGUGGCUACAAAGAUAUCGGCUCCGUCACCGUCCCGAUUUACGAACUUUACCAGCCCGACGCCACCGAAGACAAGGUCGUCGAAUAUCAGGUCCACACCCGCUCCGGGAAGCCCAAGGGCACCCUCAAAUUCUCCUACCGUUUCGGGGAGAAAUUCACGCAUCAAAUGGAGGCCAAGCGCACGGAUGACCCGGUCACGGCGUAUCCCGCAGCGCCAUACGCCGCAGGUCCGAGUUACCCGCCUGCGGCGGCGGCGGCGCAUCCCUAUCCUCCUCAAUACCCUCCGCAAUACCCUCCUCAAUACCCUCCUCAAUAUCCUCCUCAUGCGGGGUAUGGAGCUUAUCCACAGACAAGUGGGUAUGGACACCAGGCCCCGCCGCCGUAUGGGUACCAGCCACCACCGUAUGCUGCUCAACCUCAGAAGCCGAAGAAAAGUAAGAAGGGAGGGAUGGGGAUGGGAGGGCUGGGUUUGGGGUUAGGGGCUGGAUUGCUCGGCGGAUUACUGGUGGGAGAAAUGGUGGAGGAUAUCGGUGAGGCGGCUGCCUAUGCUGACGGAUAUGGGGACGCCAUGGACGACGUAGGCUUCGAUCUCUAGGCUUUGAUUUCAAUUUCUCAUCAUUCCUUUUUUGUUAUUUGUUUAGGGAUUUGUUGGUACAUGGGAAUAUCUAAUGCACUUUUUUCUUUUUUAUUUUAAUUUUUAGGUGGUAGUAUAAAUAUUGACAUCUGUAAAAUAAAAUUUGCUGCUGCAAAAUACUUGUAAAUAAUAUUAUUGGCUGAAUUUCAGAAAUGGGGACUCCCAAAGUUCACUAUUAUUUUGGGAUAAUUAUAUUUA